UUGAACAGGAAGAGACUGACUUAUUUCUCUUUUUCGUCAUACUGACUGCUCUUUAUGUCUGUGAAAGAUUAAAAAAGAAACGUGAAGAAGGAAGAUAAACCCUCUGAAGAAUUAUUCAGUCGUUUGUUUCUGAAUAGACAGCUGAUUUUUGUAAGUGAUAGGUGGAGCUCAAAUGGCUUCCCUAUCGGAAGAUGUUUUGUGUCCCGUGUGCCGUGAAAUCUUCAAGGAUCCUGUUGUUUUAUCGUGCAGUCACAGUUUCUGCAAAGAGUGUCUUCAACGGUUCUGGAGAACCAAGGAAACUCAGGAGUGUCCCGUCUGCAGGAGAAGAUCCUCGAAAGAGGAAAUUCCUCCUAAUCUGGUGUUAAAAAACUUGUGCGAGUCGCUCCUGAAGGAGAGAAACGAGAGGUAUUCAUCUGGAUCUGAGGAGAUCUGUGGUGUACACCGAGAGAAACUCAAGCUCUUCUGUCUGGAGGACAAACAGCCGGUGUGUUUAGUGUGUAGAGAUUCACAGAAACACGUCAGUCACACAUUCAGACCCAUCGGGGAAGCCGUUUCAUCGUAUAAGGAGGAGCUCAGUACCACACUUAAGUCCUUUCAAGAGAAAUGUAAACAUAGUGAAAAAAAGAAAGAUGAGUUUGAGGAAACAAUUCAAUACAUCAAGUCUCAAGCUGAUCACACAGAGAGUCAGAUUAAACAGCAGUUUGAGAAGCUUCAUCGGUUUCUCAGAGAUGAAGAAGAAGCUACGAUCACUGCACUGAGGGAGGAAGAGGAGCAGAAGAAGAAGAUGAUGAAGGAGAAGCUGGAGGAGAUCAACAGACACAUCUCAGCUCUUUCACACACAAUUAAAGACACAGAGGAGAUGAUGAAAGACAAUGAUGUCUGCUUUCUGAAGAAGUUUCCGUUCUCGAUGGAAAGAGUCCAGAUCUCAUCACAGCCGGAUCCACAGACACCUUCUGGAGCUUUGAUUCAUGUUCCACGAUACUUGGGCAACCUGUCCUUCAGAGUCUGGAAGAAGAUGCAGGACAUUCCUCCUGUGGUUCUGGAUCCAAACACGGCUCAUCCACGUCUCGUCCUGUCUGAAGAUCUUACCAGCGUGAGAUACAGCAGUGACAAACUGCUCCCCGAUAAUCCAGAGAGAUUUGACAAGUCAUACUGUGUCGUGGGUUCAGAGGGUUUUAACUCAGGGACACACAGCUGGGACGUGGAGGUUAAAGACAGUCGUUCCUGGAGUCUUGGAGUAACUACAGCAUCAAUCCAGAGGAAGGGUUUCAUUUCUCUUACUGAUGGUGUCUGGACUGUGCAGUUCGGACUAAAUAAAUGGGCUGGCUUUGGUGUUGACCAGGAUCUUGAUCGUGUGAGAGUGUGUCUGGACUAUGACGGAGGAACAGUGUCUUUCUUUGAUCCUGUAACUAACACACAUCUACACACAUUCACAACCACCUUCACCGACACUGUCUUACCUUUCUUCUGGUGUUAUGGAUUUUCCUCUCUAAAGAUCUUACCGUUCAACAGUCAGUAAUCAUUUCACCUGUAGGUCUGGAUCUUCCUGUUUUCAUCAUGGGUAACAGUGCUGUUGAACUGUGUAUCAGUGCAGCUGUGAUCUGAUCACAUGACUGAUAUCUAGCACUACAGACGCACUUUCAUAUUUCUUUAAGUGAUUAAUGUAUCUUAAAGAUUUCACAAUCUUAAAGACCAGAUUUUUUUUUCCCCCAAACAAAGCCAAAGCAGGACUGAGUAGUGCAAAUUAAGUGAACAUAUCAUACAUCGCAGGUACCAAUAGUUGCCUUUUAAUUGUUCCAAAAAUAAUGAAUACUUGUAAAAUACUUGUAGAAUUCUGUACAGAAAAAAAAAAAUAUUACAAAGCUGAUAGCCUAACGUCAGUGUAAUUCAUUAACUUGUGCAAAUGUAGUGCAGCCUAAAUGUUUUAGUCACACAGUCCCAGUCCUCAGUGAAGCAUUUUUCUUUUAAAAUAUUUUUAAACAAUUAUAUUGUUCACUUAAUCCUGUAAAAUAAUAGCAUAAUAUGCACAUGUUGCUGCACUGUAACAUCACUUGUUAAAAACCUAAUAAAAAGCACUACAGUGGA